AUGCAGGUCCGGCGGGAGAGAGAAACGAGGGGGGCUCAAGCGAUCAGGACUGCUCAAGAGGCGAGACGGGCCCUAGCGGAAUCGUUUCACCACCAGGUGGUUCGCGCGACGUCCAGGCCCACGCGCCACCGCAGAGCCAGAAACCAACAGGGUGUGUCGGCGCGGCGGGGCCAACGGGGCCAACGGGGCUGCACUUGUAGAGGGCAAGAUGCCCAUGAGUUGAGAGGAGGGGGCCACCACCACGCGCCUCGGAAGGCCGUAGCGGUAGAGGGGGUUGGAGAGGCCGACAAGGGUGAAGAGGCUGACGAAAUCGAAGAGACCGAAGGGUCUGAGUCUGAGGCAUGGACCGAGGACUCUGCCGACACGUCGGCCUCUGACGAGUUGAGCCCAGUCCACCAACGUGGCGGGAAUGGUGGUGACGAGGGCGAUGAUGAUGAUGAUGAUGAUGAUGAUGAUGAUGAUGAUGAUGAUGACUUUGGCGAUGGCGAGGCACAGCCAAGCGACGAGGAACUUGCACUGGCUGACAGGGCGGUUGCUUGGCCCCGUUUCCCAGCGCUCAACCCAAGAAACACUCCCGCGGACAUACAGAAUGCCGGAGCCUGGGGGUGGGAAAGAUUUAAAGGAGAGUAUAAAAAUGUGUUCGGAAAGGACCCCAAGUCACGGGUAGGGGGAACACCAGCAAGAGAAAGUCAAGCAUCGCACUGGGCCCUGAUACUCCAGAGACACUUCGACACAACACGGGCCCAGGACUGGCAAUACUACAAAUCGGACCUACUUGGCCAAGCCAUCAAAGCACGUAACAUGGAUGAUCCGGGCAGGACAAUCGCCGAACGGGCCACUGAACUCGUACUAGAGGAUGCACGUAUUCGUAGAACAGAAGUGAGGCAGUGGAUAAGAAUCAGCCGACAAGUACGACAAGUACAGCGACAACGGGACGCAGAGAACAGCGACGCCAUGCAGGGAGUGCAGCAAGAUGCGCCACCGCCACGGGACCCGCAGAACCCCGAGGAAGAAGCAGACGCGGCGCUGGUGGAGGGGAUCGCGCGCCUCGAGGCCCUCAUCACGCAGCUCCAGGCAAGGUCCUGCCCCUGUCCCCUCAACGGCCAGUCGCCACUGCCGGCCGAGGGCGUGCGCAACGGGCCCGGGCUGCCGUACCGGGCACUGCUCGUCACCGUGAGCCACCCGGCUGCGGGCGGGGGCGGCGCGGCCGUGAGGCUGGAGCCGUGGGUGAUGCCGCUGGCGCCCGAGAUUGCCAGUGGAGACGGCCCGGCCCUGAGCUUCUACCACAGGGUCUAUGUGUCGCCCCCGGCCGAGGGCUCGCAGCGGCGCACCGUCCGCGUCGAGAUCAGCGGGCCGGUGGGCCCAGACGAAGCCCCCGAGGCGCUCGCGGCCAGCGACACCAUCCCCGAGUUCAUGAACUGGGUCGAGUUUGAGGUUGGUUUCCCACUCGCCGCCCCCAGCAUCGUCGUCGACACGGCUGUGGACGACAUGCCAACCGUGCCUCUCACAAGGGCCCGACCCGAUCCUCAGGCCCCAGGAAGCAACCGUCAAGACCCUGCACCACCUCCUCCUGGGCCUGGCGGUGGCGGUGGCGGUGGCGGUGGAGGUGGGGGUGGUGGUGGCGGUGGUGGUGGUGGUAACAAUGGCAACGAUGGUGGUGGUGAUGAUGGAGGAGGAGGAGGUGGGGGAGGCGGUGGGGGAGGUGGUAGAAAUCAACGCACAGGCCAACCCACAACCCAACCCACGAACCAACCCACAACCCAACCCUCAGGACAACCCACAACCCAACCCACAGGACAACCCACAAACCAACCCACAACCCAACCCACCCGCAGGCCGGAUCUGAACCCCAACCUGCUCAAUCUUCGGCAGAGCUGGGAGGAAUAUCAGGGCCUUUUGCCCCAGGGGGGGAAGCGCAGGGCUGGGGAUGACGACCUGCGCCAGCAGGGAAACAAGAUUCGGAAAGUCGAGGAUGGUGGCUUGCGGAGGCCUGGGGCGAGCUCCCCCGCCUACGAGCUCGGCACCACCACCCCAGAAGACGCCGGCACGCCCACGCCCACGCCCGCUCCCACUGAACGUGUCCUUGCCGCCAUUUCCGCCCCACAAAGGGGCCACCUUGAACGGCUGCAGACGGCCCUCGAUAACUUGGUCGCCGACGCUCGAUCAGGACAGCUCACGGAAUUCUAGGUAUUGGCUCCUGGGAGGGUGGGGGGAAACAAAGUUACAGGUGCGAAGUACACAACCAAGUCACAAUCAUUUGCCACUCGAGUUCCUUUAGUUGUAGCCUUAAUCAUCAAGAAAUUCCAAUGUGCCAGUACACUUGGCACUUAUCCGUAA